AUGUUCUCCGGAGCUUUCAUUUGCUUAGACAUUUACAAGCAAGGUAGCACGAAGGGAAUAGGGAUUAUGCCCUUCCUAGGCGGUCUUAUAAUGGGUGUCCUCAAUUUAAAAUUCGGCUUCAUGCUCCGCGACGACACAAUGAUCCAAGUAAACUUUUUCGGUAUAGCGCUAAGUAUUAUUUACUUGAUGGUAUACUAUACUUACUCUAAGGAUAAAUUUGGGGAGGUCUGGCUCAAGACGGGCACGGCCCUGGCGGUGUGCGUCGGGCUGAUUGCGUACGCGGAGAUGGAAGACCCUAAGCUCAUUGAAAAUAGAUUUGGAAGUAUUAUCACAGCGUUCAUGUUCUAUUUGAUCGCUUCACCAUUGUUUAAUUUGAAAAAUAUAAUCAAAAACAAGAGCACUGAAGGCAUGCCGUUCCCCAUCAUCUUAUCUGGAACCGUCGUGACCUUCAUGUGGCUUUUGUAUGGAAUCAUCUUGAAGAAUAAGUUUGUUGUGCUUCAAAACGUGGUAGCGUUUGUUCUCUGCGCAUUCCAACUUGGCCUCUUUGUAGUGUACCCGUCGAAACCCAAGAGCAAGGCCAAGGAAAAGGCCAAGGCGAAGAAAGCCAAC